AUGAUGAGCGGUGCGACUAGGCUCGAUCAGGAUUGGAUGAGAAUGGUCGAGUUACGCGGUGGCACCGGAAUGACGAGCGGGCUGAGCGGUCGGUCAUCGAGUCGUCUCCAUUAUAUGAUACUCACAAUUUUGGACACGGUGUUCUCGGCUACCGUAGCCGCUCCAGCUGUUGUCGGCUACUGGAGAGGUACCUGGGGCUUAAGUGACGUCUACGUCUACCCAGAAGACCCAGUUCUAAGCAGCUUGACCUCGAUAGUGAUCGGUUUCAUAGGGUUGUACGCGUUCAACGUGUCGCAGCACGCUCUCAACGAGUUAUUACACCCAGACAAGCACAGACUCUCGUACUAUGUCGGAUCGAGACUGUACACGGCCGUUUUCGGCUUUUGCUGCGUAAAUGCAUGGCGUGGUGCAUGGCAAGCACUCGAUCAGUACACGGAACACACGGCGAGCACAGUAUUCGCUACCACCGCUGUCAGCCUGCUCGCACUGGCCAUCAUGCGCGCCGUAAGGAACAUUUCCGCGCCACCGUUCUCCCUUUGCCUGGACUCCUGUCCAGGAUACUUCGAAGUGCAGACCAUGUUCCGUGUGAACAACACGAGGGACUGGUCGUUGUACUUAUUGGACUGUGCCUUCAGCGUCGGAGUGGUCGGUACGCUGGUCGUGUUCGUUUGGAGAGGCGUUUGGAUACUACUUGAUAUCUACCUGUUCCCGGAAGAUCGAGAGUAUUCCGCGAUCGGAUCCCUCGCGAUCGGAUACGUGAUAGUGACGGUGACGUUCUCUCUGCAACCAUUGAUGCGCUAUGUCUGCGCUCGUCUUCAAGGCUUGGCCCGUCUGAUAGCCGCCGAUGGUUUCCUCCUGCUCAGCUUCCUCGGCACUGUGAACGUAUGGCGUGGCAUUUGGAACGUGUUGGAUCUAUGGCUGGUCCCGGAUAAUCCGGAACUCUCCUGCUGGAUCACACAUAUCGGAUGUUUCGUGUUCCUCGUACUUCUCAAUUGCAGCAACUCGAUCCUCGUGCGUGGCAUUUACAUCGACGCCGAGGAGGACGACGGCAAAUGCGUCGUAUUCCCUUGCCAUUAUCUUCGAUUGUUCUUCAAGGUCGAACGCGAGAAGAAGGAAGCGAGACGACGAAAUCUGCUGGUAGCCUCGAAGGACUUCCGGCCACGGCCAGACGGAAACGCGAAAGACACGGAGAACGGAGCACUCCUACCGAACAGCACCGCCACGACCAUACUACCCACCAACCCUGAAUCUCUCGUCUAACACGCGAACGUCAAGGAAAUCAGAAAGAGACUCUCCCCGAGGAUUCGACUGAAUUCUCACCACCGACCGAUCGAUCGAUCGUCGCGACACCGUCGAGUAGCAAUACAAACCACGAGGACGAAAGUAAUAUUUAAAGGAAAGAAAAGAGAGAAAAAACGGAAAAAAGAAAAUUACAAAAUCACGCGGAGAACUGGCAGCUUCUGAAAGUGAAAUCAGAAGAUCCCCCCCUGGCUCACAGUGAUCGUGCAGUGAAGUUCGAGCCGUGAACAAUUCUUUCAAACGGACACAUUUUGCGACGACGCGAAGACGCUUCGUGUCGAAGUUGUAGAAAAAGAGGGAAAAGGCGGAAAGAAAAGACGGGGGAACGUUUGUAAGGUAAAUCUGAACGAGGGCGGAGGACACGUUAGACACGACGGGACCAAGCACGACAAAUAGCCGCGUAGAUCGACAGAUAGAGACAUUAGUAGGGUAGAAACGCGCAAAGUUAGGCGCUUAGGAUACGCAUGAUUUUUUUGCAAAUUAGAGACGGACAGGUGUAGAGAGCGACGGAACGAAGGAUCGUCGAGAGAGAUGGGAAAGAAGAGAUCGAUACCGGGUGGCUUCCGAUUGGCAACGUUCUUCUUCCGACGAGAGAAAUUCAGUGAAUGGCUGUGAACGAGUGACGAUAUUGUAAAACGCGUCUCUCUCUCUCUACAAUAAAGGGACCGUGUCUACGAACAAUCGAACAUACUCGUAAUUGUGUUUUGUCGAUCGUGUUUCGAGAGUGCGAUAGUGCAUCCGGAUCGAUGAGGAUCACCGCAAAUCAGGGAGGAACUUGCUACGUCCACGCACAACCGUGUGUUUAAUGUAAGUUUGUACGCGAAUGGAGGAUAAGCAAUUGUGUACACACACACACACACAUGUACACGUGCGCGUCGCGAUUACGCGACACAUUCUGUUCGUUUUAUUCGGUGUAAUGUGCCGCGGGACGAAUCCGUGCGCUUUGAUUCGUGCUUUGGUUCGUACGGAAGAAGAAUCGAAACGUUUGCUCGUUUGGAUACUACAAUAACUCUCCUCCCC